AUGGCAGUCCCCUACACCCUGAGUGGCGCAAUCAACGAUUUCUUCAUAGAAAACACGUCUGUGAUAAGGCAGCAAUGUGAUGAUUUUGUGCUGUCCUGUGUCGGCGGGCCGGUGAUUCCCGUCGAGAUUCAGGGAAUGUUUAGUUACACGUUGACGGCUGGGACAGACGGAUCCAAGCUCUUCCAAUUUCGAGUCCAUGAUUCCAAAUUAGACACUGUCCUUUUGGACCUUGCCAAGAUAGUCCAUCCGCAGUUUGUGACUGGUUGCAAGUACCACGGAACAAUCGCGGCCAGGUUCCGACAAUGCAACACUACCAAAGACCUCGCAAAAUUUUUUGCUCAGUCAUGGAACAACGGCCAACAGUUGUGUCCAGAUAAGGCUGCUGCCUUACUUAUCGAAUUCCGCUCUAAACUUGAUCGUCUUUCCCUAUCACUACCGUCUCGGUUUGCGACAAACCUAGAUGCAGUCCGCAAAGAGCUACCGUUGCUUUUCUCAGAGAGACUCCCUUUUAUUCUUAGUCACCAAGACCUUAAUGAAAUGAACAUGCUUAUAAAUCCUGAAACCGGUUGCAUUACAGGGAUUGUCGACUGGGCCGAGGCAAGGAUCCUUUCUUUUGGCUUCUCGCUGUGGGCCUUUGAGAAUCUUCUUGGUUACAUGGAUUCUGAGGGGUGGCAUUACUAUGAUAACCGCCACGAACUCGAGGGUAUAUUUUGGCAGACCUUUUUAGCAGAGGCUAACAGUACUUCGGAUGGUGAUUUGCAGCUAAUCCGGGUUGCGAGAAUGGCUGGUUUGUUUUUUCGUUACGGCUUUGACUGGGACGGCGAGGGUGUGGAGAAUGUGGUGGACGAGUCCAGCCUCUCUUCCUUGGCUUAUCUCGAUGCAUUUUGCACAUCUGAUGACUGGGCACCUACGCGUGCCGCAUCAGCGGCUGACCUUUUGUGA